AUGCACAUGACCGAAGGCUAUGCUAUUUUUGCUAAGACCAGUCGCACGUCAAUGGAGGUCUCGGAGUGGUUCGUCCUGGACUCCAGCGACCUCUUGCGCUUCCCGGGCCCCGCGGCCCGCCUGGACGGCCACGUGCUGCACGUCAACGGCGGCCUCAGCGCCGCCGCGGCACAGGCCGCGGAGGCCGCGCUGGGGGCGACGGUGGAGAGUCCCUGGGAAACGGUGAAGAUGGAUGAAGAGCUGGCGACGCUCAUGCACGAGGCGCUGGCGAUGCUGGGCGGGUCCCGGCAGUUCCGGCCGCCGAAGCGGAGUGCACCGGGCGCGCCGCGCGGCGCCACCAGCAGUGAAUUCGACUCGCUCAUGGACGAGGCCAAGCAGCGCUUCACGUGA